AUGGACCUAAUCGCCAUCCUCCUCGUCACCCCCCUCUCCGACCGCUUCCACCGGCACCGCGCAAUCUUCUUCUCCAUCCCGGUCUGCUUCCAAAUCCUCGGUCUCCUCCUCACCACGUACGCGGGAACCGCCUCAAACAGCUGGCCCCGAUACGGCGGCCUGCUCAUCGUCGGCUUCGGCCUCGGCCCCACAGUCCCCAUCACGAUGACCUGGACCACCGAGAUCUUCCAGCCGCGCCACGGCGAAGUCGGCGUGGCGGCCGCGUCGGCCGUCGUGUCGGGAUUGGGGAAUCUGGGCUCGAUCCUGACGACAUAUGCGUUGUAUACCGGGUGGGCGAGCGACUACGAAGCCGAAGGACGGGCGAAGUAUCGGAAGAGUAAUCUGGUGAUGGUGGGGAUUUUGUGUGCGAGUAUUCUGGCGUCGGUGGUGAUGGAGGUGUUGUUGAGGGUGGUGGAGGGGAUGAAGAGGAGGAAUAGGAAUGGAGGGGAUGGAGCGAGUGGGAGUGAGGAUGGGGAAGGGAAGAUUGUGGAUGGGGCGGCGAGGAGGGAGAGGGAGCAGAGGGGGUUGGAUGGGUUGUUUCGGUUUGGGAUGUUCAAGAGGGGGUAG